AUGUCGGUUUCUACAUCUACAGUGUUCGGCAUGGUCGCCUUGACUGUUGUCCUGGCCCUCUACGUUUGGCUUCAACGCUCUGCCCGCCGAUUCCCACCUGGUCCGAAUCCCAUACCCAUUCUAGGUCGUUUACAUGCACCGAUUAACCAGCUUGCGGAAUUGAAGCAAUGGGCAGACCAGUAUCCGGAAAUCAUGACCGUCACGGUAUGGAGCCGAAAGAUCAUAGUUCUCAACACGCACGCCGCCGUGGCAGAGAUCCUGGAGAAACGUUCUGCCACAACGAGCGGUCGGCCCAAACUGGUCAUGGCUCAUGAACUCGUUGGACAUGGGGAUUCGCCCAGUCAGACUAGCGAUGCCUCUCUGCAUAAGAAAUAUCGUCGUUUAUUUGCAAGCGGGUUCGCUCCUCGCACAGUUCUAAGCUACGCUCCUUUUCAAGUGCGACAAAUGCGCAAGGCAGCACUGGCUAUGCUCGCAUCACCGCAAGGUUCUGUCGCUGCACUAAGCAAGGCGGUUAGCUCUGUGAGCCUCAUGGUUACCUACGGGUAUGAUCUCGAGAAAGAGGACGAUGCUUUUGUCAAUAGAGUCAAGGGUUUCCUGCCUAUCCUGGAGCGUUUGCUUACUCCAGGUGCCUUCGUGGUGGAUUUGGUUCCUUUCUUGAAGCAUCUUCCCGCUUGGCUGCCUGGAAUGAGCUUCAAGCACCUCGCUGCAGAAUGGCGACAAAUCUUGAAGGACAUUCGAGAAAUACCGUUUGCCCGAGUGAAGCGUGACAUUGGGAUGGGGAAAGCUAAACCAUCGUUCUGUGCUUCGUUGAUCGAGGAGCAGGUGCUUCUGCCAGAGCAGGCAAGGUACGACGAAGACCUGCUCAUAAAGACGGCCGGCGGCAUCUACGCCGCUUCCGCAGACACUACGUCCAGUGCACUCAGGACCUUGCUUGCAGCCCUCGUUCUUUUUCCUUCUGUUCAGCAAAAGGCGCAAUCAGAAUUGGAUCGGAUUGUCGGGCGUGAGCGACUACCCACACUGGAAGACCGAGACCAGCUUCAUUAUUGCAAGGCUGUUGUGCAUGAAGUGUUGCGGUGGCACCCUGUGACUCCUUUUGCCACACCUCACGUAAUGGAGAAAGACGAAGAGUUCCGAGGAUAUGUCCUUCCCAAGGGUACAACAGUCGUACCCAAUGUGUGGGCUAUGACACGAGAGGAACACAUCUAUCCUUCCCCGGACGUAUUUCUACCAGAGCGAUUCCUAACAGCUGACGGCAAGCAAUUCUGCAUCCCCGAUAUGGCUCGAAAUAUUCCACUGACAUUUGGCUUUGGGAGGAGAAUAUGUCCGGGAUCGCAUCUUGCCGAAGGAACGAUAUUUGCUGCGGUUAUCUCGGUUUUGUGGUCUUGCACAAUAUCUAGACCGCCAGGUACGGAAAACAUGGAGAUCGAAUUUCUAACGCCGGGCGUUCAUCAUCCAAAACCGUUCCCGCCCAAUGUGACGCCAAGAUUUUCCGGUGCCGUAGAAUUGCUUCAGAAUGCCAUGAGUGAUUGA